AAUAAAGCAUGUGUGUAACGUGCAAAAUCAAGUCUAUAUAGAGAGAAGCACCACUUUGGUCGUAAGCACAUUGCACAUGGAAGGCCAACGGACAAUGGCUGCUCCGGUGGUUCUCGUGGCGGUCAUCUUCAUUAAUAUGAUGUUGUUGGGUCAAUCUGUUACUUUCAACCGUACUGCAUUUCCGUCAGAUUUCGUGUUCGGUGCAGCAUCGGCAGCUUACCAAUAUGAAGGUGCAGCAUUCGAAGGUGGAAAGGGUCCCAGCAUUUGGGAUACGUUCUCCCACCAAUUUUCAGGAAAGAUAAUAAACGGAGAUAAUGGAGAUGUAGCGGACGACUUUUAUCAUCGUUACAAGGAUGACGUGAAACUGAUGGAUGAUAUCGGACUAGAUGCUUUCAGAUUCUCCAUCUCAUGGGCCCGUGUUAUACCGAGUGGAAAGUUAAGUGGAGGGGUAAACAAAGAAGGUGUAGCCUUCUACAACAAUGUCAUUAAUGAACUCCUCUCCAAAGGCAUCAAACCAUUUGUGACAAUCUAUCACUGGGAUCUUCCACAAGCACUACAAGAUGAGUAUGGUGGCUUUUUACACCCACAAAUAAUGAAGGACUUCCAAGACUUUGCGGAAUUGUGCUUCAAGGAGUUUGGGGAUAGAGUAAAGCAUUGGAUUACGAUGAACGAGCCCUAUGUCUUCAUUGUUAAUGGUUAUGAAAUGGGAGCUCUUGCCCCCGGGCGAUGUUCUUCAUGGAUGAAUAACAGUUGCCCGGCUGGGAAUUCUGCCACUGAGCCUUAUAUCGUUGCACAUUACAUGCUUCUUUGUCACGCCCUCACCGUUAAACUCUAUAAACAAAAGUACCAGGCUUCUCAAAAAGGUGUGAUCGGAAUAACGCUAGUAUCCCACUGGUUUAUUCCAUAUUCUCCGAGGAAAGCGAACAAAAAAGCAGCACAACGAGCCCUUGAUUUCAUGUUAGGAUGGUUCAUGGACCCUUUGGCUUUUGGCGAGUACCCACAAAGCGUCCGUCACUUGGUGCAAGGAAGGUUACCAAAAUUUAGUCCGGAAGAAUCAAAGCUCGUUAAAGGAUCCUUUGAUUUCAUUGGAAUCAAUUACUACACAUCAAAUUAUGCAGCUGAUAUUCCUUCUGCCAACACUAUCCAUUUCAGUCCUUCUACCGAUGGUCGAACGAAUCUUACCGCGUAUAGAAACGGGAGACCUAUUGGCACGCCGUCCGACGUGAGUAUUUUCUUCGUUUAUCCGAAAGGUCUGUGUGAUCUUCUCGUCUACAUGAAAGAGAAGUACAACAGCCCGACCAUCUACAUAACAGAAAACGGAUAUGGUGAUGCCGAUAAUGGGAUAGUGAAGCAUGGCGUCAAUGAUACAGCAAGAGUCAGUUUCUAUUAUAGACAUAUCUUGGCUGUUAAGGAUGCUAUGAAGAAAGGGGUAAAUGUGAAGGGGUAUUUCCCAUGGUCGUUUCUCGACACAUACGAAUGGGGUUCGGGAUACAGCCAAAGGUUUGGCAUUGUUUACGUCGACUACAAAAACGACAUAACACGAUACCCGAAGAACUCAGCUAUGUGGCUCAAGAAGUUCUUGGGUAACAAUUAAGUGAAAUGUGGUUCAAAUCGAUUUGCAGUUGAAUAAAUUGUAUCUUCGUGUUUGUGGGUUCUUGCAAUAAAUUGGAUUGUAGAUGUUGAAUGUGUACACGUUCAUAAUUAUACACAUUUAAUCUUCAAUUUUCUUAUUGACAUA